AUGGUGACCUUGAUCUCUGGGAAAGCAAUAGCAGUGGCAAGAAAUCAGAUAACACAAGGCGGCAGCAGCAGGACGAGCGGCUCGGUUCCGGUCCCCGCAGCACCCCCGGAGCUCGCUCCCGGCCGGAACGGGCGCUCCCACCCCGGCUCCGUGCCGGCUCCUCGGAUCCUGCCUCUGCCGGGAGAGGGCGGGCGCCCCAUCCAUCCCUCCUGGCUGCUGGGGCGGAGGAGGAGGCGAGGGCAGCCCCCGGGCAGAGGCAGGGACGGGGAUGGGGAUUCUCGUUUGAGGAGACAGGAUCUUGGCUUGAAAAGCCAUCUGGAUCAGCUAGACCAGCGAAUAAGUGAGCUGAAAUUGGACGUCAGUAAGACCUCCAGUGAGUACUUCGACAGUGACAGCCGGCCCAGCUCAGGAUUCUAUGACCUGAGCGAUGGUGGUUCUUGCUCACUCUCCAAUUCUUGCACCUCUGUGUACAGUGAGUGCAUCUCCUCCUCCCACACCAGUCUCUUACCCAGCUCUCAGCACCCUAAAGCGAGGCUCAGCGUGUUUGAUUACCGACCCAAGUCUGCAGAUGAAACUACUGUGCACACCACCGGCUUCCAGCAGCAGGGAGCCUAUGCCAGCGAUGGAUGCUGGAUUGCAGCUAGCAGAGAUGCUUCUGGGACUCCUGCCAGGUCCAGACCAAGGCCCGUUUCCACAGGUGACUUGGAAAGACUCAUUCCAGCGGAUGCUAGAUUUCAGAAAGAAAUGGAUCCCAAAUCCAUGUUGCCUCUGUGCCAUAAUGGAGACAUGCACUUGCUCAGCAUGGACCCCAAAUUCCAGAAUGACUUGGUCUCCAAGAAUGGCAUUGAUGUGUAUCCUUACCCAAGCCCCCUCCAUGCAGUGGCUUUACAAAGUCCCCUUUUCUCCCUGGUGGGAGCAUCCCCAGAAUCAGACUUCCAAGCUCCUCCCAGCAAACCUAUGCCUAGUACGACAGGUCCCAGCUUGAUUAAGACUAGCCCAACUGCUGAGGUGAAGCCGGGGGGUUACAUUGAUAAAUUACUGCAGCUGACGAGAUGCAGAGGGAGCAGUCGGGCUGAGGCCAGCGAGUGGGUUUCACCGAAGAGCCAGGCAGCCGCAGUGCACCAGAGACUCAUUAUAACCCCCAGCACCGGUGGAGUGAAAAUUAACAGCAGCAGCAGCCAGCUGGAAAAACAGACGAGUUCUCUGGAGAGCAGCAAAGCUGAAGGGAAGCUGUCAAGAGAGGUGCCAGAGGGGGAAUGUGCCAAGCAGCAGGAGGCCAUGAGCUAUAUGAAUGAAGAGCAGUCAUCCGCUCGGCCUGACACAGAGCCAUCAGCUGUGAAUAGUUGUUAUCCUGCCAAGUCAGCAGCAAGGGGCUCUCCUCUGGCAGAAGCAACUGAGAGCAGUUUGUCCUGCUCACAGCUGAGUCAAGAGGACUCUAGCCCAGACACCUGGAAUGCUAGGGCUGUCCCACCCAAAAAACUGCCCAUCAAAAGGGGUGGCAAUGCCAAAUUGGCUUACGCUGGGGGUCAUGAACGAGUGGCACGAGCUGAGUUUGUUCACGCUCAGUUUGUCCCUGCGGAAUCCCAUCAAGUCCGGGUAAAGUUUGCCAGCUCCAAAACAAAGGCAGUGAAGGUAAAGAGAAGGAGCAGCGAAAAAGGCGUUCGGCCUGGGAAGCAAGCCUUCUGCAUGGAGAAGGUGAGAGGGUCUCACGGGGCCGCCAAGCUGCCUGCUGAGUGGAAUCAGCUCCAAAGGCCACACGGAAUGAAGAGCCUGGUGCGGAGACCUUCGUAUUCUGGUGACAUGGCUGGCAGGUCGUGCUCCGAGUCGAGUCUGUUCCCGGUGCAGGUCAGGCUCCCCGCUGUGCCCUCCAGGCCAGAGCUCUACGGAGCCUCUGCCAACGCGCUGUAUUCCCUCGAAGCGGCCUGUGCAGACGCAGCCGGCAGGAGGAGGCAGCGCAAGUGGCAGUCCACAGUGGAGAUCUCUGCCAAGGCCCCGCCGGCCAGCCCGUCCCACGGCUUCGGCCCGGGAGCGCCGCGGCAGCCGGCGAGGAGAGCCGGCGUCCUGCGCGCCGCCAGCGCGCGGGCUCGCUCCAGGGGCCAGCGCCACGCCGAUUGUGCCAAGAGCGAGUCCGACCACUCGGAGUACUCGGCCGAGUGCGCUUCCCUCUUCCACUCCACCAUCGCAGAGACCAGCGAGGGGGAGGUCAGCGAUUUCACAGCCAACUGCUUUGGGGACAGCGAGUCCAGCGAAAGCGACUCGGAUGGCAGCAGCAGCAGUAGCAGCCUUACUCUUGACUAUGAUGAGGGGGAUGAAAGUGACCUGAUCUGGCCUGAAGAUUCAGUCAGACAAUCCGUGACUGUCCAGGCCACUUCCAAGGCUCUUCCUCCAGUGCCCAAAAUCUGUCGCAUCAAAGCUUCGAAGGCGCUAAAGAAGAAGAUAAGGAGGUUCCAACCCGCCUCUCUGAAGGUCAUGACCAUGGUUUAAGGGAGAGCAAGCAUCUGUUUCUUACAGUGAGACAUCCUGCUGGCUCACGUUUGCAAAAUAGGAGGACUCAUGUGCAGAGAAAAGGACUCUCUUAAAGGAGCUAUGAAUAAUCCCUGAGUCUACACAAGGGAUCUCAGUUGUUAAUGCCUGGACAUAAAUGUCACUGUAUCUAAUUCCCUCUUUCACCAUUUAUUCUGUAAAUAUGAAUCUCUGUGUACAUUAUGUAAUGACAUUUUUAAUUAUCCAGAAGGGUCACCAUGAAAAUGAAAACCGCUUCACUAUGAAGUGAAAAUGAAAACAACCUCUGCUGUAAGAUUUUACAGGCAGGCCCUUGGUGGUCUUUUAACCGUAUGCACCCACAGAAUCAGUCCAGACACAAGGACUUGCUAAGAACAAAGUGUACUUCCUUCUUGUGAGGAAUUCUUUGCAGUCUGAAGUCUGUAUUAACCAUCUAGCUGUUAUUGUGGUCAUAUGGAAAAGCUCUGUUUUCUACAUGGUUUUACUUUAUUUCAGAUCGACCGUCCCAUACCUUCUCCCAAACAUUGGGAGGAUGAGUCCGUUCUUCCAUAAAAACAUAGUGUGCUUAAUCAAGAAGGCAAGUGAAUUUGUGAAUGAGAACAAGACUUCAGUUUUCUUCUUUUUUUCAAAAUAGCAUGGGGUUUUUUCAACCCCCCUCUUUGUGAUGUUCCAUGUUAUUGUUCAUUUAUUGAAUGGAUGAAAGAACAUGAGGGUGACAUGCCACAGUGUGUGAUUAGCUGGGACUGAGAUUAUAGCUUUGCCCCUGAAAUUGCAAACUCAAUAAAUACUAUUUAAUGUACUUCUGAACAUUAUGCUUGCCUGGCUUUGAUGUCUAAAGAAAAUUAUUCUGGUCUCUAACAUGAAACAGUUCUGUGUUCUUAUGAUCACUGUGAAGUGGGGUUCUUUUAUAUUUUCAGAGAAUCACUGUAACUUAGAGAGAGCCAGGGUCCACUUACCCUCUACCUUAGGAAAACUAUUUCAGCACUGGCUUCUAAAUGAAAGAAUUUGAGAAUGGUAUUUUUAUUGAGGACAACAUAGUGUUUAACUGACUCACUUAAAGUGAUGCAAUUUUGUCACAAGAAACUUUUAAUUUAAAACAUGUAUAUGUAAUGUGGUUUGAAUUCGAGUGCACUGAUGUGAAGCUUUGUAUCAGUGCCUAAAUUGAAGAAGUAAAUUUUUUGUGUUCAGACAAGAAGUCCUAAUUCUUUCCUCUGAGCACAGCAAUCUGGAAGCUGAGCUGCAGUUCACUCUGAAUUUACAAAAGAGCAGGUAUUGUCCUCCUGCCCUAUUUCAGUGCUCAGUCUGGGUACAUUCCUGGCCUAGGAGAUGUAGGCAUUACCUCAUUCAGCUGCCUGUACUGGGUCUGAAACAAAAGGUAAGUGCUUUGCUGAAACUGGGUAAAAGAGUGAUUGUUUACUCCAGGGAUUCAGUAGCAAACAGAAAUAUUGUAAGACAACUUUCACCCAAUGCCUUCUA